CUCACGGAGGGAGAGGUGUUUCCCGAGCGGGGGUCUCUCCCGCCACCAGCCCGGGCUCAGUUUGGGGUGCCGUGUCGUGCCCCACUCUCUCCCCGGUUCCCGGAGCGCCCCUGCGUGAGGCGGCCGCUUACGCGGGAAGCUUGAGCCUCGCGCGCUCCCGUCCGGACGCCGCUCGCCGGGAGGACGCGGCGGCCCCGUUCGGCCGCGGCCCGGAGAGCAACGCGCGACGCGACAGCGGCUCUUCCUUCAUCGGUGCCUCUGCCAUGUCUGCCCUGGCGAAGGCCUCCGGCGCGCUCAAGUCGGUGGAUUAUGAAGUGUUUGGCCGAGUGCAAGGUGUUUGUUUCAGGAUGUACACAGAAGAGGAAGCUAGGAAAUUAGGAGUGGUUGGCUGGGUUAAAAAUACCAGUCAAGGAACUGUAACAGGCCAAGUUCAGGGCCCAGAAGAUAAAGUAAAUGCAAUGAAAUCCUGGCUGAGUAAAGUUGGAAGCCCAAGUUCUCGCAUAGAUCGAACAAAUUUUUCCAAUGAAAAGGAGAUUCCCAAGCUUGACUUCUCAGGAUUUAGCACUAGAUACUAACAGAAGAAAACAUCACUUAGCACAAAACUAUGAUGUUUCUGCUGCAUGAUAUUUUCUGUGCCUCCAUAAAAUAUCACAAGAGCAUUUGAAUGCUUUCUGUACUAGAGAUAAAUAUAAAUCCUCUCUAUUCACAUGAAGUAAGAAUUCCUAGUUGCUGUAUUAGACAUUUUACACUAUGAAUGUCAAUAUCUAAUUUAUUGCAUCUUGAAAGCUGGAUAAAUGGCUAAAAGUGUCAGUGAUCUGUGCACAAUGAGAUUUGUUAUCUAUAACCAUAUGGAACCGAAUCUUUACACUGUGAUUCAUAUUUUAGAUGCAAAAUAAUAAACUUAAGUUCUACUGUUUGUAAUCUCACCAAAAAUACUUAUCUACAGGGCUGGAACACUGAGACAUCUAUUGUAAUAGCUCUGUAUUAUAGAUAAUGUUAUUUAUGAUAAUUACUUAAGAUAUAGUGGUAAUUUAAAAUAAAUGUAUGUUGCCUCUAACUAAGAUUAUCUAACCAGCUCUGGUUUAAAAUUCUCUGUAAUAAUGCAGAUUAGUCUUAGAAGAAGAUAGUGAAACGUGUGGCCUUUCACCCCUUUUUCUUUGUCUACUUAUAGCUUACCUCCAUACUGAUUAUAACAGAUGUCUUGAUCUUUUUGCUUUUUUGAUGUUCUUACUAAAAUUGAAGACUUCAGUUACUUUCCUUAUGGAUGUGUAUUUGCUCCUUAGUUAAGAAUGUGUGUUGGAACCUGAUCCAACAUGAUGCACCCACGUAUGUCAUAUCAAGUACACAAAAGGUCCUGAGAAACUUGAGUUAUGUGCUUGCAAUAAAUAUUGAAUAAUUCUUA